AUGGAAACUCCGGAUCAAAAGCUUCAAAGAGCUGAGGUUGCACUCUAGGAACUCAAUGAGCUCUAUAAUUUCGCGGAGACUCUAUAUCCUAUUGAGAGAACUAUGGGACCUAGAAAUUUGAAUGAGAAUUUGGAAAGACGAAGACAAGCAGAUUUCCAUACAUACAGACAAAGAAGUAAUAUUCUUACUGGCACAAUGUUCUGGGGAACUACAUUCUUCCUCGUCAUGGCAAGAUGCAGCACUGGUGCUUGGAAUCAAAUUCACGUGGUGGCAUAAAACCCCAGAACUGCUCUUCUUUAUUUCGCAGCAGGAGCAUUCGUGAACUAUGCAGGAAAUAUUAUUGCUCUCUCUUAAAAAGGAGUUAAUCACAGCUAUUACUUUUAGAAUAAAAUUGUGGCUUCUAAUCAUCACACUCAUGCUGUUAUUAAAACCACUAUUGCAUAGUUGCAAAAGAGAAGAAUGUCAAUCUGGGACUCAGUUCCCAACUGA